CGCUUUCUCCCUCUGCUCUGUAUACAUAUACGCGGUGUUCUCACGUCCAUGCACUGCGCUUUGUCUGGCUUCAUCUUCCAUUGUUGAUGUUCUUUCUUCUUCUCUACCAAGUUGCGAUCACACGAGGGUUGGGACGAUAUUGAAUUAUUUUUUCUAAGUCUAUUGUUCUAUUGACACUUUUUCGUCACGUUGCCCAAGACAAAGACAGACACUCGAUUGCGAGGCAUCCCAAUACCUCUUAAACCAUUAUGAUUGCCUCCUAUCCUGACGCUACGGCCCUGCCACAUGGCGACUCGCCAGAGCUGAUCCUCGUGCCGGCUUCGCCCGAGGAACGCAUUGAAACCAUCAAGUUGAACAGCACCGAAUGGAAAGGUCGGUUCGACAUUGACACGUACAUCGGGCGAGAGGAUCACCUGCUCGCGCAGCCCUUGACCAAAGAUGGAUUGACCUGCUGGAUUCUGGUCGACCGUCAAGAGCCGGAAGGGCGGCGAACGAUCCUAGGCUCUUGCGAGACGUAUCUGAAGACGGCCAUGCUGGCGCAAAACGGCGAGGUGUACAACGUCCCCUGCCAUGGCGUUGGGAGCGUAUAUUGUCGGCCUGAAUUUCGAGGCAAGGGAUAUGCGAAACGAAUGCUCCAGGAGCUGAGCGCAGUACUGGACAAAUGGCAUGACACCAAGGCAGUGAACAGAUCGGAAUUUAGCAUUCUAUUCUCGGACAUUGGGAAGAAAUUCUACGCCCAAUUUGGCUGGAAGCCGUUUCCAUCGUCGCACUUUGCACUUCCCCCGAUCUCCAAGGCCCAAUAUGACCUGGGGCUCGCCGGAACCGAUUUACCCCACGCGGAAUCUUUGCUUGCCCACGAUGUCCAGCGGUAUAUGUGUAAUGACACGGUUUUGUCCGGCGAACGCGAAGUGCUGCGAGCCGCCUCCCAGAACUCUCAUGGUGCCAAAGUAGCAAUAAUCCCAGACUAUAACCACUUCGUGUGGCACUGGGCUAGGGAGGAGUACUGCGCCGAGAAGCUCUGCACGGACCGGGAUGCACCACUGAUCAAGGGUGCCGGCGACAAGACGUCCGGGGUAUACUGUGUCUGGAACCGGAACUUUGGAGCGACCCCCGAGGAAAACACGCUGUAUAUCCUGCGGUGGAUUUACGAUGAGCCGACAUCGCCGGAAGAGGCCGAGACAACUACCAAGGCCAUGGCUGCGAUAUUGAGACGCGCUCAACUCGAGGCCCAUGAAUGGAACAUGGCCUCGAUUGAGUUUUGGAACCCAACUCCGUUGCUGCAGAAGGCAGUUGCUCUCCUGGACCCGACAGCCAAGGUGGUCCACCGAGAAGAGAGUAGUAUUGCUUGCUUGCGAUGGAAUGGCACCAAGCAGACGAAGAAAGACGCGGAGUGGUUCUUGAACGAGAAGUUUGCCUGGUGUUAGAUAAUUUCCUUCAUCGAGAUUUCAUGGACGGUCAUGUCCAC